CUUAGCAGACGCGGAACACGGAACUGACUGAUUGACUUUACCGUUACCGUAUCGAGUCAGAAUUGCAAUUAGGCCUAAUUAAUUAUUUGCAACGUCGAUUUCCCUUCAAAAACCUAGGAGUUGAUUAUGAUAGUUGCUAUGGUGUUUUCCCAUUGAUACACAUAACUAAAUCUAUAAUCUGUGUGCGUUGGUAAUUGAAAUUUUUUAUGAGACUGAAUUUAGUGCAUUCGUUUUGCAGAUACAUUUCAAGAAUGGGAGACUCACUGAAGCCUCAAGUGGUUUUUGUUUUGGGCGGCCCAGGUGCAGGUAAAGGUACACAAUGUUCCAAUAUUGUCAAGGAGUAUGGAUUUGUACAUCUUUCAGCAGGCGAUUUGCUACGUGAGGAAAGAAGUAAGCCUGGUACAAAGUAUGGUGAGUUGAUUGAGGAGCACAUCAGGAAUGGGUCAAUAGUUCCUGUCGAAAUUACUUGUAAAUUAAUUGAAAUAGCGAUGCAAAAUUCGGGCAAACAAAAAUUCUUGAUAGAUGGAUUUCCAAGAAAUAAGAAUAACAUGGAGGGUUGGAACAAGGAAAUGGCAGAAAAGGUUGAACUCCUCUUUGUACUAUUUUUCGAUUGUUCGCAAGACACUUGUAUCAAAAGGUGCUUGAAGCGAGGAGCCGAAGGAAGUGGAAGGUCUGAUGAUAAUGAAGAAAGCCUCAAAAAGCGAAUACAAACAUUUGUGAAUGAUUCAAUGCCUAUUAUUGAAUACUACAAGGAACAAAACCUUGUCCGGCGUGUUGAUGCUGGCAGAAGUGCUGAGGAAGUGUUUGAUGAAGUUAAGGCUAUAUUUAAAGAUGUUGCUUAGACAGAUCAAGCUAGGAAAACACUGGAUUUUGCAUUUAAUGCACCAUUUAUAUUGAAGUUAACUUAGAUAAGAAUUAACGACACAUUUAAUAAUUUCUUAGCUAGCCUAGGCCAGUAGAAUUUCAUACCAGAAUCAAGGACUUAGGCUUCACUCUUAACAAGGCUUGUCACGCUUCAAGAAAACACUAUAAUCAAUAGUUGUGAUUAAAUAUAUUAGGUAAGCUUGCUUUUCUAUAGGUAGGUACCAGGAACGCUAAGUAGCUUAACUUAUUUCAUGAUUUGAAUUUCUAUGUGGUACCGUACUGGUUUGAAUUUAGGCUAGUAGCCUAGAUUAUACUCUAGAUGGGGAUCAUUGGUAAAAUAACCAUCCAUGAUAUUAUAGCCUACUUACUUAUUUAUAGCCUUUGUUUGUAAACUUACACCGUUCCCAAGUUCUAAGUUGAUCCAUGUUUUACAUAUUUAUCUUACUGAAUGCUCACCUAUUACCGUAUAAACCUGUUUAUAAUAGGUGUAAAAUAGAAAUUCAUUCCUGUCCGUUAAGUUAAACAAAAACUAGGCUAUCAUAUAAAUAUCGCUAAGUAGGUAGGUUUAGUUAUCUUUUUCGGAUUUCUUCAUGUAGGCCUAAAUUAAGAAUAGGCUAAACUUAGUUUUUUUUUUUUUACUUAGGCCUACUUAAGAGACAUGUAUGCCAAAGUUAGAUUUUAUUCAUCCAAAUUAAAUUUCAGGAAGGUUUUAAAAAACAAAUCUUGCUUAUUUUCUACUUCCUAAAUAACACUGCUCAUUAUUUUAUUGUUUUAAAGGUGAUAAGUUAGUCCAAACUGACAUUGCUACUUUGAACAGUUCAGCUUUGUUUGAAUUCAUCAUUCGGGGUCAUUUUACUCUUUAGGCUAUUCAUAAACAUUUAAUGCACAGCAAGCUACAUAUUUUCUGCAGCUAAAUCAAACUAAAGCCUAUACUAUAGGACUACAGCUAAUAAAAAAGCAAAACCGUUAGUAUUGGUAAUCAAUAGAAAAGACCUUAUAACCCAGGUAUUACAGCAAGUAACUUACAAAGGAUGGUAAGAGGCAUUUUAAUAAAACAUUUUAAAUUUAUAUUUUAUAAACAUUCAAACAUAAAUAUUUAUUAAGAUCAAAUAGGCCUAAGUUGAAAUACUCAUUUUUUAGUUCAAAACGUACCAUAUAACACAUACUCACUUCUUUGUGUCAGAGGUUAAUUGUAAGAAAGGACCAUGAGGUCCUAAGUUUGCCUCAAUAAAGAAGCAUUUUCAUUUCAUUUUUAUGUAAAACACUGUUUGCGAUUCAAGAUAAUCCAUAGAAAACAUCCUAGCCUAGUGAAAGCAAUUUUUUCUAUCUACGUCUCUGUGGAUUUUUUAUAAUUUGAUUUUAACACUUGAGCGGGCGCUUGCGGAGUUUUCCUCUGCACUAGUAGUUUUUGUUAAUACAUAAAUAUUCAUAAUGGGUGUCGGCAGUCGUGUCCGGCUCUACACUUAACGCACCUUAUCCCGGGAAUGCCCCUAAGCAAUUUUUACCCCCGAAUUCCUCCUCAUUUUGUUGUCAGUUGCAAUUCAGUGAAGCGGUGUCAGUUUGCAGAGGUUUACUCCGCGUGCGGGAAGUCCUUAGCGCAGAGUUUGUUCCCUCAUGCGCUCUUGUCAAACUGUGUGUAUAUUUUAUACAUACGAAAUUAUAAACAUGUUUAAAUGUAUUAUUUCAUUUAUUAUUAUCAAAUAUAUUUUGUUUGCAUGUAUUUAUUAUUACGGAACAAAACUCAGCACGCGCCCUCUCUCGUAACACCGACAGUGAUACCAUUAUACUAGAAAAUUGCUCAAUAACUUAUGUUUAUUUGAAAUAAUUACUCAUAUUAAGUUAAACAAAUAAUUUUAUUAACAAAGAAAUUAGGUUUUUGGUUAGGUUAUUCAACAUUUAAGUUACCGUAGGCCUAAUAUAAUAUUUUGUUACAACAACAAGUAAAAUGGGUAAAAUUUGUGCUAUUUAGUGUUGCGGAAUAAAACUCCGCAUGCGCCCGCUCCUGUUUUACUGGUGACGUGCCUCCUCGAGGGUUAAGGUAACAGUAGGUUAGGCCUAAAGUACGGUAACAAAGAAAUUAUAGGCUAAUAUUCAAAUGUAUUUAAGUUAAUCUGUGUUGUGAACCUAGUUUUUUAUGACAAAGAACAAGAAGUUUUGACGACUAAUUUACUGUAUAUUUUUUUUAUUGAAAUCUUAAUUUUAAAGUAAGCUUAAUUUUCAAACUCAAACAUAAAUCCUUGUUUACUGUUAGCUAGUAUUUUCAAACUCAAAAGUCUUAGUAAAUGAUUUUAUCGUUUUUUUUAUGAAUAAAAAACCCAAGCAAAAAAAUAAAAUGCAGGUAAUCAGGAACUUUAACUUUUAGACUUCAACGUGAUUUGAAAUGCUACUGUCGAGUCAAACUGCUAACAAGUCUAGCAAAAUUUACACACUAAACCAUUGUAGGCUAUCUAAAUUUGGAUCUUUUUCAUAAAUACCUAUGUUUAUAUUUACUUACUUUGUCCAGAAUUUUCGGCCCCUUCUUGGAGGUGGAUGCAUCUUCGGUAAUCUUUUCAACCUGGUCCUCAACAUUUCUGUAAAUGCGGUCCCAAUUGAUUUUUACGUAGCCCUUGUGGUUGGCCACUUGCAGAAGAAUAAUACUUCCUCCGACAGCCACGGCUGCCAUUUUCCCCACUUUCAUCAUCAAGUAUCCGGUCAGCCUAAAAAGAUAACCUAGGAUUGGGGCUGUGUGACAAACUCUAAACCCAAGGUAUGACUCACAGUUAAAUCUUACAAAAUUCAUUCCCUUUUAGUCUUCCAUCAAUGACUAACAUUCCUAACCUUUGGUGUGCUAUAAUUUUGUUUGAACGCCAAUGGCAUUUUUAAGGAGAUGAAAAUUUUGUUUAAAUGCCUACUGACAAACUGUUGUGUAAAUUACAUCAAUCUUUUAGUUUAUUCGAGUUUUUAAAAUGUUAUGUUAACUUACCUGUACCCAUAGAUUAAACAUUUCCUUAGUUAGUAAGUAACCUUGCGUUAAGGUUAGUCCAUGCUGUAAUACAAGUAAAGUAAAAUUUCCCAUGCAUCAAAUCAACCUGAUGUAACCUAUAGUUUAAGCUGGUAUUUGUAAAAUGUGUUAUUAAUGAUAUUUAAAGACACAGGCUAUUUUGGUUAAUGUAAUAAUCUAUUAUUGACUAAAAAGGUUUAUGUAGAUAGCCUACUACAUAAGCCUACAUUUUAAAAUUAUAAAAAUUAAGUGAUGAAUGUCUGUCGCUUUAAAUUAAAAGUUGGGAUUGGGAUACUAAAUACUGUACAGUAUUUAUUAUAUUAUUAUACAAAAACCUUUUGACUAGAAAAACUAAUUAAGAUCCAAUUUUGAAAACUGUUCCCUUGUAAAAUCAUGCCAAUGACAUAGAUAAAACAGAUUAGAUUACAGUAAUAUGGUCAUCGAUAUACAAACUAGUAGGACAGGUGACUUGAAUGGAUGGAUUGUAAAAAGAAUUAUGAUUGUAAAAGUUUAUUGAUGCUUAACUAAGUGGUUUGUUAAUUAUGUGUUAAUGAAUUCUUUAAAUUAAAAAAGUGUAAAAAGAAUUAUGAUUGUAAAAGUUUAUUGAUGCUUAACUAAGUGGUUUGUUAAUUAUGUGUUAAUGAAUUCUUUAAAUUAAAAAAGUGUAAAAAGAAUUAUGAUUGUAAAAGUUUAUGGAUGCUUAACUAAGUGGUCUGUUAAUUAUGUGUUAAUGAAUUCUUUAAAUUAAAAAAAAGUAGUUGUUUUGCACGAUAUGAACUGUACAGAUAAAUGUGCUACUAAGGGGAGUUACAGUGAUAGAAGAAGUUAACUUUCACUUACUCUUACAUAUUAUACAAACAGUUCACUGUAGAUUAUGCUAAUAGCUUCUGAGUAUGUAAGUCUUUUGGCAUGACUGCAAUUCCUAAUGUAAAGUCAUGCCGGGGUUUUUUCAUUGAUUAAUUGAAAGAACAAAAGAAGUAUCCACAUUGCAAAAAUAUAUUAUAUUCUCUGGAUAGAAUAGUUUCAAUUAGAGGUUUCUUGUUCUUUUGUGCAAGAUUGACUUACUGUAACGUUUAUAACAAUUUUUUCUUGUUAAGUAUUUAAAUAAUUUAUCUGUUUGUUUAUUGAAGAUAUUGUUAAUUUACUCUUUAAAAUCAUUUAAGUGAACGUCUAAAAAAGUAUUUUGAGGGUUUAAAGAAAUGUCUUUAUUAUACAAUUGUGAAUAUUAUUAUCUUUUAUUUUUUAAUUUAUACUUCUUGCAUUUAGUAGACUAGAUAACACUUGCAUUGAUAGUUGAUAUACGUAUAUAAUACAUAUUUAAAUACUCAUAAUGCUGUUAACUGUUAUCAUGUUAAAUAGUAUCAUGUGUUAUCAUUGUCCAGGGUUAUUUAUAUGUAUGUAGAUGCAAUUUGGUAGUUUAUGGUAUGCCCUUUAGAUCAAAACAUUGUAUAUUAGACUGUUUUAAUUCAAUAUAUCUAUGUGAAAUAAAUUUGUGAUCAGAAGAA